AUGCUUGGCGUGCAUACGCAUGGCUUAUCAGGUCGCUGUCGGGCGCCGCGGCCCGGCGUCAGGUCCGACAUCGACACCAGCCCGCCGGCGCCUGAGCCACAUCACUACGUCAAUGUCGACCAGUCUGAUGAUGAUGUGGAAGCAGUGUCGGAAACACCCGCUACAGCUGAGCAGAAUGAUGACAAUAACGCCGAGGAAGAACAUGCUGAGACGCCAACACACGACGCUUCAGCGGGCGCCAUCUCGUUGGAAGAAGAGAUAGUGGAAGUGGACGCCCCGGACGAACCAGACACCGCGCCCACUGUGGACGUCGAGUCGGAUGCACCGGAGCCGCAUAUCAGCAAUGAGAAUAACGCCGCGGCCACAACUUCUGAUGAGAAUGCUGAGUCAGCUCAGCCACAAUCGCCCUUCCAUGGCAUUAAAAGGAAAAGAGAGACAAAUGAAGAAAAUGCAGAGCCCUACUCUGUCCAAGAGUUUAACCAAAGUUUACUCCGUCUGCUGGAGUGCCCGGUGUGCCUGGAGUGGAUGGAGCCGCCCAUCUCGCAGUGCCGCCGCGGCCACCUCGUGUGCAGCCGCUGCCGCAUGCGCCUCGCCUCCUGCCCCGUCUGUCGGACCACCUUCUCGUCGGUGCGGAAUAGAGCUAUGGAGGGGGUGGCGGAGAUGUUGCGUUACCCGUGCCGGCACGGGUGCGGGCGCGAGGUGCGGCUGCGGCGGCGCGCGCCGCACGAGGCGUCGUGCGGCGCGCGGCGCUACCACUGCCCCGCGCCGCCCUGCGCCAGGCACCCACCGCUGCCACAUCACGAUCUCGCUCACCACUUCCAGUGCAAGCACCUCCCGAUCCUGAAGAUCGGCAGGAAGCACAAGUUCUCGAUGAAGGUGAACUCGGAGCAGCACGACACGUGGCUCAUCAUGGCGCUGGACGAGUUCUUCCAUCUGCGCGUUGACGUCGACAUCCGCACGUGGGGUGUCAUUGUGUAUGUCGCUUAUAUUGGGCCCAAGCGCAAGGCGAAGCAUUAUACUUAUGAGGUCACAGUGGAAGGGCACCACAACUCAAGGAGUCUGAAGUACGCGCGAGCCACUCACAGCGACCUUGAGAGUCCGUCCUUGAACGUGAGUCGUCAGGACUGCUUCCACCUGACCUUGGACCAGGCGCUCAACUUCCUUCGCUUCAAGAACAGGCACUGCGAGCCCGACAAGUUCUUGGACUUCGAUGUCGAAAUUGGCAAAUGUCAAAGCGCCAACUCUCAGGAAUCGAAAGAUGACUCCGAUUCUUAAACUGUAUGAAGAAAAUAUAGAUCUACUUUCGUGCAAUCGCGCAGAGUUAUAAACGCUGUGAUUACGGCGGAAUAUGCAUGUUCUCGAAUGUAUUUGUAUGAAGCAGCCGCGCUGUUUAAGUGAACUGCUCAACAAAGUGAAACUUGUGUAAAAACGGUGAAUCUGCACCUAUCGCAUUCUAUUUAAAACUCAUUAUACUUUGUUGUUUAUUACAAGGAUUCAGCAAGGUGUCAGUAGUUAAACUCUCUGAUUAAAUGUUGUCGUUACGAGGAAGACCUUACAGUUGUCUUUUCACAGUAUCUUCUUAUCUCAAGAGGUCCAAAAAAAUAUGUAUUGUGUUUCUUCGCAGUAGGGGACUAACAAAGGGAAGGGAUCAAAUCAUGAAGCUUGUAAAUCUUGCCCCGGGCCCCUGAAGGUCCUAGUCCGCCACUGUUCGUUGGAAAUAGCUCAUUGCUCGGCUUGGAUUUAAAUUCUAUAUCAGACGUGCUCUUAUUGGAACCUAGUGAUAAUGCCCUACGUAUACAACGCCUAGUAAAUAUUUAGAUCUUAUUCGUGUAGUCGUAGAACUCUGUGUUGGUAUUUAUACGGUUCUAUCAGAUAAUAUUAGCCAUGUUAGGGUUGCCAGACUUUUACUAUUUAGCCGGUCAGUUUUGGCUUUUUACACCUUUGUCCGGCUAAACUUUCUUAGACUUUCGAAUUUAUGUUAUGAUGAGGAGAAUAAUAACAAUGCACACUGUCCAUGACAAAAUCUUCCUAUGUAAAAACUAUAAGUUUCAAAAUUCAUCCGCCUUUCUGAAUAUUUUUUACCUGGCAACCAUAGCCAUGUAAGAGUAGGUUUAUACUAACUUCAGCUCCGAGUUCUAUUUGAUAAUAAAUAAAUCAUUGUUGUAAGGCAUUUCCAUGUUAUGUUUUGAUCUAUACAUUUAAUACUAUACGUUCAAACUUAAUUUAUAAGGGACUACUCACACUUAUUCAGCUUAUGUCAAUAGAAAACAACCAUUUUAUAUGGAGAUGCGUACGCAUCCAUUCGCUUUCCGCGUUUAUUUGAGAAGCUGACGGUCUUCGCAGCGUAUUCCGUACGUAGUAGAUAGAAGCAUUUUAGCGGAGAUAACACUUACGCCGAAGUACGCCGAUGAUAGAAGUAAAACUGUAUAAGUGUGACCAAAAUCGUUCAGCGAAAUGUGAAUAGAGCUGAAUAAGUGUGCGUAGUCCCUAAAUCGUUAGUGUAAGUUGUAAUAUUAAUUUAGUGUUCUUCAUAAAAUAUUUAAAAAAUAAAGCCAAGAAAUAUU